UUUGAAGAUCAAAAGAGGUCCGCUUUAUAGGACUAGAAAUAACAGAGGGCGAGGGAAGAGCAAAAGAAGCGAGGCGUCUUGCAGAUGACAAGGCUGCGAGGGAGCAAAUAAGUGCGUUUCCGUCCAUUUCUCGCAGUUUGCUCGUCGUUUUUUGCGAUCCAUUCCGCACAAGCACGGUGCUCGAUCUCUUGAGUUUUCCUAAGUGCUCGGAUUGAGUCAGGGGCAUUCCCCCAGCAAGUGGGAAUUAUGUCCCGAUCGGCGUCGACCCGGACGGCACUAUGAUGACUUUUCCGCGGAGCGAUCCGGUGGCCUUCCUGAUCCUGGUGACCGUGGCGGCUUCGAGAAGCGCCUUUGCCAAGGACACCGCCUUCGUCGAAGUGGUGCUGUUCGAGUCCAGUCCCAAUGGGGAUUACACGACUUACACUACGGGUCUGCAAGGUCGCUUCUCCAAAGCCGGAGCCACUAUCAGUGCGGAAGGCGAGAUCGUACAGGUCCACCCGCUGGGUCUUUGCAAUGGCAACAACGAGGAGGAUCUCCAUGAUUACGGCUGGGUGGGCGUGGUCAAGCUGGAGCAGCCUGAGCUGGACCCAAGCUGCCUCACGGUCCUGGGGAAGACCAAGAGAGCUGUCCAGAGAGGGGCCACUGCAGUUAUCCUGGACGUGUCUGAGGACCCUGGUGCCAUUGACCAGCUGGACCAGGGCUCGGACACCCCCCUGAAGAGGCCUGUGGUGUUUGUCAAGGGGGGUGAAGCGGUGAAGCUCAUGAACAUCGUCAACAAGCAGAAGGUCGCCCGUGCCAGGAUCCAGCACGGACCGCCCCAGCAGCCGGCCGAGUUCUUCGACAUGGGCGUUUUCUUGGCCUUCUUCGUGGCGGUGUCCCUCGUCUGCCUCCUCCUGCUCAUCAAGAUCAAGCUCAAGCAGCGGAGAACCCAGGGGUCCGUGAACAGGGCGGCCAUGCAGGCCCUGGAGAAGAUGGAGACGCGUCACUUCAAGGCCAAGGGGCACCGCGACUCGCUCUGCGGCAGCUCUGCCUCCGAUUGUGCCAUCUGCCUGGAGCGCUACCUCGACGGAGAGGAGUUGCGGGUGAUCUCCUGUGCCCACAGGUUCCACAGGAGGUGUGUGGACCCCUGGCUCCUGCAACACCACACCUGCCCUCACUGCCGGCGCAACAUCGUGGAACAACAGAAGGGAAACCUCCGCUCUGCCUGUGUCAACUCGGGGGUUCCGCCGCAUGCUCGUCGUCCGAGGGUGGUCCUCCCGGCCCACCACCCGGGCCGUGUGCACCGCACCACCCCUGGAUACCCCAACUCCGGCGGAACGGGUCUCCGUGGCAGCCUGGCGCCCACAGCGACGCAGACGGGCGGGCGCGUCGAUCGGACGCUGUACGCCCCACGGUUUUCCGCCACCUUCCGUGGCUACCCCCCCGUCCGGCAGGCGGGUGGGGCCUCAUCCCGGCUCAUGCCGGACUGCUCCCAGCCUGCAGGACUCUACGUCCAGCCCGCUGGGACAUACCACCGGCCGUCGGCCUCCUCGUCCACCUUCAGGCGUUCCAGGCUUCACGGUCACUCCUUUCCCAGAGUUCCCUGUGUCUCCCCAAACGACUCUAUGUACCAGCAUUACUUCUACCAAGGGUUAACUUUCCCCCAGGGGCCGAGCAAUCCUGGGGCUGAACAGGUCCUCCCAACAUCCAGCCUCAUCUGCCCCGCCGCGCUCCACACUGGCUUUGCCCUCGGCAUCCAUUCCUGCCUUGGCCCCGCCCGCACCUGCUACCAUGGCAACCAGUCAGUAUGCAGCGGUUACCUGGGAGACGGGCCCGGCAGUGACAGCAGCAGCGCUGCCCGGUGUGGUCGUGGCCGCUCCUCCUCCAGCGACUCCAUGCUGGACUCCACGGAGACCAGCAACCGAGCCACGUUUGGUAGCUGCUCCACCUUUCGCAGCUCCCUGAGCAGCGACACUGACCCCUUCGUUUUUCGCAGUGGGAGUCUUGGCGGGAGUGCGGGGCUGGACAUGAGGAAUGGCAGCCCCCCCACCCGUCAUGAGCGGCCAGGGUCCCCUUCUCGACGGCGACAGGACCUGCUCACCCAGUGCACUUUUGACGUCAACAGGAGAAGCUGUAGUUCAAGUGAACCAAUGGAAAGAAAUGGUAGUACACCACCUGGGGCAUUAGAGGGCGCCAGAGCGGACUUCCGUAGUGUGGUUCAGGAUGACCGGGGUAGUCACACUGUGGCCUGUGGCUGCCAUUUCAAGAUCCCGCCUGCUGCCACUAAAGAAAGACAUUAUCAACUUGGAGAGGCUAAGUUCUUGGAAAUGGUUGAUGAUGAACAGCGCAUCCAGGGCUUGUUGACCCAAACUUCCCAUGCAAGUGGCCCAUGUAACAGCCUGAUGGAUCAGGCAGACGCCGAGGACCAGCCCUGUGGCUGUACCACGGAGGACCGUCUUGGUUGGGACAGCAGCCAGUGCUGCUGUGUCCACCUCAGGAGCACCUCUGACCAGGCUCGGGCCGGCAUAGGCAGAACGGAGAACUUCUGCAGGCCGGGUUGUCAGGCCCACAGAACUCCGCAGCACCUAGAACCCCUCAGGCACCCUCCUGCAGAGAGGGAGGGGAAGGAGCUGGCUGGGGUGUGCCAUGCCGUGGGGAGCGAUGGAGAUCAAACAUGCUCUCGGAACACGUGUCCCGGCCAGCAGGGGGAGCCCAAGGUCUGCUUCCCCACGUGACACAGCUCCUCAGUGCUGCUGGUUAAUGUAGACAGUGUAUGGAGAGGCCACGCCCACUCGCUUUUUCCCAGCUGCAUGUUCUACCUCAUUACACAUGAGUACCCAGCAUGCCUUGGUCUGGGGCCUCCUUCAGAGUUGGGAUCCCAAAAACCUGUGGGCCCAUUGUGAACUUGCGCAUUUGUACAUGACAAGCUUAGAAUGUACCAUGACUGUCUAAUUUCUUUGGAAUGUAGUACUUAAUAUUCGAGAUUGUAUAGUUAUGCAAAUAUCGUGCAUAUUUUUUUGCUUUUUUUUUUUUUAUCAGAAGCAAAGAUGGCAAAUAUUUUAAAUUAUAAUGCCUAGUCUCAGAAUUCCCUGUUGAUAUUGUGGUUCCUGCACAUCGCGGAGCAGGUGGAUACAUUUUUGGUAGUCCUGCACGUUCCAUGCAAACUUGAAGCUGACCAGGAAGAGACGUGGCAGCAAAGGAUCAUGGGAGCAGCAUGGGAAAUGUAGUAGGGCUCGUCCAUCCUGUGGACCGUUCUGUCCUCCUGCAGAAUGAAACAAUCUCCCUCUUUUUCUGGUGCCUCACAGAGAUUCUCACACCCCCGCAGAUGCUUCUGAACGUUGCAUUGAUUACGAAUGAUGGGCACAUCUUUGCCUAGUCAUUGCAGCAUAACAAUUUUAAUCGCGAUGGGUAACGCUGCGGUUGUCUGCAUAUAUUCAUAGCAAAGGCUCCAACUGAACUACGUUACUUGCAUGAGUUUUCGGAGCUGGUGCGUAGCAACUUCCCUCUGGAGAAUUUCCCUUGCUGAUGACAUGUUGGCAUUACCCAGGUAUGAAUGUGUUGUGCUAGGCACUGUAUAUAGAAUUUUAUGAAAUAUCGUUUAAUUCUUGAUCCAUUGCACCUUCACCAUUGAUGGGUUUUUAGACAUUCUAUCUAUUUAUGAUGUAUGUUUUGAUAUGAUAAUGUUUUGGCUACAUAUUUUUAUGCAAUGAAAUUUCUACUGUUUCGUGCAAGUAUGGCGUGGAGGGUGGUUGGCAUGCCAGGUGGCUGGAAGGUCUGCUUCACCGAGAUGGUGCAGAUGGUGGAUGCUUCUCUGGCACAUAAUGGCAACCAGCUCACGUGAAACCCAGGGGGGGCUGCAGGUACUUAGGAGAGAAUGCGUCUUUCCACCCCUCAGACCUGACUGCUGUAUUUGGAGCCGCAGACUUGGUUUCCCAUGGAAACCGGACAAGUAAACAAACGUAGGCUUAGCAGUUACUGCUGCGUUCCUGAGUUAUCUUGCUGGAUAUUUGGAUUGAAUGGAGGUCCCUUUUUAUCCCUUUUAGGCAAGUGAAGCGCUCACCUUUUGGUUUAAAUGGAGAUCCGCCAAAACCUGGAGUGAAAAUACCUAGAUGCUAAUUAACAUCACCUGGCUGGUUCAAUAAAGAAAAAAAAAAAAAUUAUACUGUAAAUUGGCAACAUGACAAAAUCAUUCCCAUCAGCAAAAGGCAGUUUUAAAAAAAAAAAAAGCAUGAAACACAAGCUUGUAGAUCCUGUGGUUCUCGUAUGACAGAAUUUCACACCCUUGGGGGGGAAAUAGGUUUGUUUGUGGUUUUGCUAUUUGUCUGAUUUCUGUUUUUCAGCACUUCGAAUUAUGUGCACAAAUGUCAUAUACAUUUAAAUUUUUAUUGUAUUUUAUGUGCAUCAGUCUUUAUGUAUAUGCAAAACAUCUAAAGAAUCUGUGUUGUAUUUGCUAUUUAAUUUUAUUCAUGUCCUGUCUUUUCGAGUGAUUUAAUUAAUGUAUACACAAAGAUUGCAUUUGACCAAAAAUGGUGCGUAUUUUUUAAUCAGAUGUAGAAUUGGUACCUAUUUUGGGAUGUACAGGGGGAAAAAAUAUUUUUUGAUGGAUCCAGUGUUUAAGAAUUAAAUGCAUUGUCACAUUCUA